CGUCGGCACCGCGCUCUGACUGACGCGGCUGGGGGCGCCCUGAGGUUUCUUCCGGGGACCGGCGCGCGAGCGGCUCCCCGAUUUGGCCGAGGUUCCCCAGCCGGCUUUCCCCGCACUCCCUUUGGGAAAGCAGACCGCAACGGUGGAGGACCGUGCGUCUGUCGCGCGCGGCCCGCCGUCCGGGGGACGUUUCUUGUUCCUGUCUCAGGAGAGAGGGACUCGGUGGCGCUCCUAGGUCGUACUCGCCUUUGAUGACAGAGUGGAAAGCUGCGCCCUGCGGAACCCCUUCACCGCUGUUCAGACGUGGAGGCACUGUCGGCACCGGCUUGCUCGGGCGCUCUGUCCUGGCAGGUGUCCCUCAGCCAGCCUAGAUAUAAAUGAGGAGAAGUAAACAUAGAUCCAAGUGUUUGGAUACUUAAAGAAGAUUCCUUCAAGCCUGCUUUUGGCAUCAAAUGCAAUGGACCCCAGCAGUGAUUAUCAUUUCCUCAAUCAGAUUCUGUGGAGAAGAGUGAGGCUCACGUUGGUUUGUGGAGCCUUCGAGGGUGUGCUCCAGCACGUGGACCCUAACAAGAUCGUUGUCCUGAAGAAAGUGAAGAAUGUGGAGACAGGUCGAAGUGUCCCAGGAGUGAAGAUGUUCUUUGGGCACGAGAUUGUGAACGUGGAAUUACUGGAUGAAGUAGAACAAGGACCAGUGAGAGAAAAGGCAUCUUCUGUCAGUCUGAAUUCGGAAAGGACAAGUGUGGAUAAAAUGCAAGAUGAAAACCCAAAUGUGUGUGAGCCUGCCUCUCCUGAUCCUGGAGCACCACCCAUCUCUCUGCUGAAUGACCUGAAGUACAACACAUCAGAGGACGAGGAGGUGACAUAUACAGUCAUUGAUCAGUUCCAGCAGAAGUUUGGUGCUGCAAUGCUUCACAUCAAGAAGCAGAGUGUCCUGAGUGUGGCGGUGGAAGGAGCUAACGUCUGUCGUCAUGGGAAACUGUGCUGGCUUCAGGUGGCCUCAAAUAGCCGAGUUUACUUAUUUGACAUUUUCCUUUUGGGACGUCGUGCUUUCAACAAUGGCCUUCAGAUGAUAUUGGAAGACAAGAGAAUUUUAAAGGUCAUCCAUGACUGCCGUUGGCUUUCUGACUGCCUCUCUCAUCAGUAUGGAAUUAUGCUGAACAAUGUCUUUGACACUCAGGUAGCAGAUGUCCUUCAAUUUUCCAUGGAAACAGGUGGCUUUCUUCCAAACUGCAUCAGUACUUUGCAAGAGAGUUUAAUCAGGCACCUUAAGGUAGCCCCUAAGCAUCUCUCCUUUCUAGAAGAGAGACAAAAAUUGAUUCAGGAAAACCCAGACGUGUGGUUCACACGCCCUCUUUCACCCUCUUUGCUGAAAAUUUUGGCCCUGGAAGCCACCUACCUGCUGCCCCUUCGCUUGGUGCUGCUGGAUGAGAUGAUGUCGGACCUAACUACCCUGGUGGACGGGUACCUCAACACCUACCGCGAAGGCUCCGCAGACCGGCUCGGAGGCACAGAGCCCACCUGUAUGGAGCUGCCACAGGAGCUGCUUCAGCUCAAGGACUUUCAGAAGCAGCGCAGAGAGAAAGCUGCGAAAGAAUACAGCGUGAACGCCCAGGGACUCCUGAUAAGGAGCGUGCUGCAUCCAAAGAAGUCAGUGACGGAAACAGCAGGGAAGGAGGGAAAAGUCAAAGGGUUCUUAUUUUGUAAAAAUUCUAGGGUAGAUCAAGCUCCAGAUUUUACAUUCCGUGAAUCUCGUCAAGGCGAGAAAUUUCUGAAAGUGGAGACGAUGAAUAAAGAAACCACAACAAAACAUCCACGGCUGCCUUCUCUAGAGCAAGGAGAAGCCCGAGAGGGGUCCAGCACUGAGGCCGUGGGGUCAGAGAACCCAAGAGUAGCUCAAAACAACCAGUUUGUGAUGUGCAAGCAGGACUUUCAGGCGAGUUCUUUGAAAGAGGAGAUAGAACAGUUACUGAUGAUGGAAAACCAGGAAGGCUUACAAUGCACAAAGCAAGGUGUUUCAGUGUCUCCAGGUGACACCUCCCAUCCUUCCAGAAAAUCUGCCCUUCCCACACUCCCUGCCUGUCCUGCCUUGGAGAAGACUGACUCCUGGAUAAACCUGUCCCCAGGUCUGUCCUAGAGAAUUGCCCUUUGCUGUCAGGGCCACAAGGCGGCUCAUGUCCCGGCCUCAGUCACAGGCUUUGGGGGAAAUUGUAUCCUCGUGCUAGCCCCAACAUUCCUGGUAUUGGGAUUAGGAUGGGAACGGAGAAGUUAAAUAACGGAGGAAGUACGGUUUCUGAUUAUGUCACUGUGAGGAAAUGUUUCCAGUGGCUGGGAUGAAUUAUUUCUAAGAAACUGGUUUUACAGGACUUGACGAAGGGGGAAAAAAUCUUAGGCUUAGUAUUAGGAAAAAUCUAUAAUUUAAACGUUUGUUUUGUUCUGUUACUUUUAGGUUGAUUUGAAAGGGGGUCAUUAAAAUUGAGCCAUAAAUUUAAAAAAAAAAAAUUGGUCCCUGACAACUGAACCAGAACUCCUUUCCUUUGGGAAAGCAUAGGCUUUAUGCUUGAAUUGUGACUGUUUUAGUGUCUGAUGUCACAGACAGUAAGAAUCAACAUCUCCAUGUUCAUUUCUUCCUGUUUGAGUUACUUUGAGAAGGUUUUCUCUGUUUUCUUGCCAGCACAGGGGCCCGGGGCUGCUUUGGGAGUCUGUCUACUUGUCCGCCGUGUAAACUUGAACUCUGUCUCUGUUGUAUUUGACUGUGGCUGGGGUGCUCUCUUGGCAAAAGGAAGGCAGCUGUGCAGAACCCUUUUCUGUUCAAUACUUGCAAGUCACUCAAUUUUUGUGUGUGUAACAUACCCAAUAAACCUGU